CAGACACGGAAGGUAAAGAAAAGUGAGGUACCGUAGAAGAUCAGAGAGGAGUUCACACUGCAUCAAGUCUAAAAGUUGUGAUCUGCUCUGCAGUCCAGCCUCCAUCUGUCCUUCUAUCCCUCCCUCCUUCCAUCCCUCCCUUCUCUAAUUACCAGACCCUGGGACCGUGAGAAGCAAGCGAGGUUGAAGGUCUGCAGUCAUCACCAUGUCUACAUUCCGUUUUGGACAGCACGUCAUCAAGGCCUCAGCAGUUUUUCUACAAACUGAGUUGUCCUUCGCCCUGGUCAACAGGAAGCCUGUGGUGCCUGGACGUAUCCUUCAAUUAUCACUUUAACAGGACCUAACAGGGACGCUGCUUGUUAGCUGGGGCUGAAGAGAGGAAACGACUGAACCAUCCUGAACCUUAGUCUGGACACAGGGAUCCACAGCCUGGUGGGAAUGGGGCUCCAGCAGGACCCCCUGCGCCACAGCCCACUCAGAGGACACCGACGGCUGGCACUGCCAAGGCCAGGAUGGGGGUGGGUGUGACAGGAGAUGGAGGGUUUUGAGUUUUACCCUGCAGUGAUACGGCUCGUCUGGAUGUCUUCCCAGUCCACUUUUCAUCCAACACACACACUCACACACACAAAGAAACACACAUAAGUCAUGAAACAUUUCUCUCAUCAUGCAUGUUUGUCCAUGGAAAGUAAGGUAAUGUUUCACAUAUAGUUUCAGUUAAGAUUCUGGAAGGGACAAAUAAAACAAAAGCUUUGCAUUUUUAGAAAAGUCAGCCUCUUGAAUAUAAUAUUAGACAAACAAAAAAUGGCCUACUUUUUAGUUUUUUACUAAAUCUGAAUUAUUGCAAGCCACUACACAUCUCCAAUUAAACAUUUGUAUGCAC